UUGUACUUGUGACGAGGUGUGACGAACACGACGAGGCCCACUGUCGCUGCUUGGAAAGUUUCGCUGUUGUAAAGGUGCUUAAUUGAAAAUUUUCAGCAAUGAACGGUGAUCUUGUCGAAGAAGGAAAGGCGAAGGCAGCAGGAAUAAUUUCCGUUCUGGUUGGAAUAUCAGCGUUUAUUCAGCUAAUAUGUGGAUUUAUCUACUUGAGCAAGGGUGGACCCGAAGGUUCUGGUCUGUGGUCUGGAAUCGGGCUUGCCGUUAUUUGUGGUCUCGGAAUUCUCGUUUGGUUGAGGAAAAAUAAAACAGCGAUGGUGUUUUUCUUGGUGAUGAACAUCCUGUGGUUUAUUGUGUGCCUUGUCCAGAUCAUUAUCGCCUUCAUCGCCUGGGUGAUCUGGCACUUCAUAAGGAAGGUGGUUGAGACGAACUGCUAUCAAAGUGGAAGCACAUGCCAUUGUCAAACCGAAAAGGAUGAGCCAUGGCCAGUGCACAACUGCGAUGACAUCAGAGUCAUCGAGAGCUGCUUCCUAGCAAUUCUGAUUAUGAGUGCCUUUUCUGCCAUCCUGACCCUGUCUGGUUCAAUCAUUGGUUGCAUGGGAACCUGCUGUGCCAGGCCAGCUCAGCCCAACGUGGUAGUGAUGCAGCAACCUACUGGGUAUCCCAUGGUGAUACAGCAAACCACAGCUCAGGGCUAUCCUGCUCAGCAGCCAUACCCAGGCCAACAACAGGUGAUGAUGCAGCCACCAGCCGGUGCCGGGGGUCCCCCACCUGACUAUGGGUUGCCACCAAAGCAAUAAACAUCAAGUGUUGAGUUCGCCUCCCAUUGCUGUUUUAGUUUAACUAUUUUUAUAUGAUAAUUUCUUCGAUUUACUGU